UUUAUAAACACUGAAUUGGGUAGCUAAUUAGCACUGCAACUGAAAUCAACAUCAAUGGAGGUGGAUAUAAUAUCCAGACAGUGUAUCAAACCCUCUUCUCCAACACCCAAUCACCUCACAACUUUCAACAUCUCUCUCCUUGAUCAGUUUGCACCUCACCUAUAUGUUCCUCACCUUCUCUUUUAUCCCCCAAGCAAAGCUUCCAUCUCUGAAACAUCAAAACUCUUUAAACAAUCUCUCUCAAAAACACUUGCUCUUUAUUACCCUCUUGCCGGAAAGGCCAAGAAUAGUCUUUCCAUUGAUUGUAAUGACGAGGGUGCUUCCUAUAUCACUGCUAGAGUCAAUCGCCAUUUAAGCGAUUGUCUCAAGCAACCAACUCUCUCAACAGUCUCCAACUUUCUUCCUAGCGGGAUUACUUUUACUGAGGUAAAACCAGGAGCUCAUGUUGUUGUGAUACAAGAAACUCUGUUUUCUUGUGGUUGUGUUGCCAUAGCCUUAGUUUUUCCACACUCUAUUAUGGAUGCAAUUUCUCUAAGUGGAUUCAUGAAAACUUGGGCUACUAUUGCUCGACAGCAGAGUAGUAUUGGAGCUAAUUUAUCUCCCAAUUUUAGUGCCUCGUCCAUCUUUCCACAAACUAGUACUGCAUUCCCAGAGGAUCUAACAGCUCUUAACUUGUCGAGCGUCUAUCGUAGAAAUGGCAAGUUUUUUGUAAACAGGUUUGUGUUUGGUGGAUCAACCAUAACCAAACUAAAGGCUGAAGCGAUGAGCUCCGCCGUGCAGAACCCAACGCGUGUAGAGGUGGUGUUUGCAAUGCUUCUUAAGUGCAUAAUGUCAGCAUUGAGGGUAAAAUCAGGGAAACAAAAACCAGCAUUGGCUAUAAAUGCUGUAAACUUACGACGCAAGGCAGUGCCACCGUACCCUGAAACUGCUGUGGGAAAUUUUAUUUGGAUAGAGCCCAUAUUCUCACGAGUUGGGGACUUGGAGUUGUGUGAUUUUGUGCAGCGAAUAAGGGAAUCCGUGUCGUCGAUCAAUGGUGACUUUGUGAAGAGCCUUGAAGGUGAUGGGGGGUUUAACAUCCUUUGUGAGUCUCUAAAAGAGAUCGACAAAUCGUGUUCUAAGGCUUUGUCUGAGGGCGCGGAACCGAUUGGGUUGAACAGCUGGUGUAACAUGGGGUUCUAUGAGGCUGACUUUGGGUGGGGAAAGCCUUUAUGGAUUCCCUUUUUUCUUGGUCUUAGUGAACCACCUAAUGCAUUCUUUAUCUACCUCAUGGAUACAAGACAUGGAAAUGGAAUAGAAGCUUGGGUGGUAUUGGAUGAAGAAAUCAUGCCUAUGCUACAGCUUGACAUGGAACUACGAUCGUUAGUCUCAUUAGACCCAAGUCCUCUGGAAAUCGGAUUGUUAAGUUGUAUUAAUAGGGAAGUAUAUUCCAUUAUUUGUGACAACCUACAGCCAGCGACCUACGGAAGAAUUGAUGUUGGUGUUUUCUAUUAUCUCUGUGAAGACCGGACUGGUUUAGAUUUACUUGCCCUCCUCCUUGUUUUCUACGGUACCAUCUGA